CCUGAGAGGGCCGUCGCCCCUCCGGCUGAGAAGCCUGAGAGGGCCGUCGCCCCUCCGGCUGAGAAGCCUGAGAGGGCCGUCGCCCCUCCGGCUGAGAAGCCUGAGAGGGCCGUCGCCCCUCCGGCUGAGAAGCCGGAGAGGGCCGUCGCCUCUCCGGCUGAGCAGCCGGAGAGGGCGGUCGCCUGUCCGGCUGAGCAGCCGGAGAGGGCGGUCGCCUGUCCGGCUGAGCAGCCGGAGAGGGCGGUCGCCUGUCCGGCUGAGCAGCCGGAGAAGGCGGUCGCCUCUCCGCCAUGGAUCAGCAACGUCGGCCAGGCCCAUCAGUUGCAGCCGUGGGUCAGUGAUGUCAGCCGGGCAUUCGUGGGGCAGUGCUGUCAGCCAGGCCCCUCAAGUGCAGUCGUGCGGCUGUGCCAUCAGCCAGGACCAUCAGGUGCAGCUGUGGGGCUGUGCCGUCGGCCAAGCCCGACAGGUGUGGUCGUGGGGUAG